UCUGGAGGCAAGAAAUUGUGACGUUCAAGUCCAGCAUUUUUGGAGAGGUGAGUGUGAGUGCCACAGUGGGACCAGGUGAAGCUGGUGGAAGUAGGCCAGGGUCAGGUCAUGAAGCACCUUUUGUGCCUUUGAAAGGAAUUUUGCCUUUAUCUUAAGAGCAAUGAGAAUCUAUGAAGACUUUAGGGAGAAUGAUGAUCAGAUUUUCAUCUUAUAAUGCCACAGUGCAAACAAAGGAUAUUAAAGAAGAUCAUUCAAGCAUGGAUGCAGGGAGAUGAGUGAAGAGGCUGUUCCAAUAUUGCAGACAUGAUGUUAGCCCAGCCAGGGUAGUGAUGGUGGAGAUAAGGAGUGGAUGCAUGAGAAAGAGAUUUACAUGGCAGCAUCUUAAGGAUGUGUUGACAGAUUGGAUAUUGAUAAUGAGAGAAAGGAGGGAAUGAAAGAGAACUCAGGUGUACGACUGGUACACCUGGAUUCCUUUUUACUGAGCUAUGGGGACCUACAGGGGGAGGGAAUUGGGAUUGGGAGAUGGCCAGGGUAACAUCAUAUGUUUCUUUUGGGAUCUGCUGAGCUUUAAAUGCAUGUGAUAAGUCUCAGGGAAGAUAAUCCUUAAGUAACUAGGUUACAAAGUCACCUACACCUGAGGAUUAAAUGGUUAUCAAAUCCAUUAGAGUAGAUGAGUUUUUCUUGGUGGUAUAUGUAGCAUUGUAAGAGAAUAGUGUUGAGGAGAAAGCCCUGGAACAUCAACAUGAAGAGAUUGACAAAACAGAAAUCAAUCAGAGUUACGGAGGAUGCCUGGUCAGGUAGAUAUGAGGAAAACCAAUAUAUGUGUCUCAGAAGGUAAUGGAUAAGAUUGUUUUAUAAAAGUUGAGAUAUUGUCACAUGUUAAAGAGAAGUAAAGAAAAGUCAUUUCCAAUCAUAGACAUUCUGACUGUAGAGAUUUGGAGUAUAGGAAUGGUAAUUAUUGUGAUGAGAGUGAUGUAAAGUAUCUUUGCAGAGCACCCAGCAGGCCAUGUAUCAUAGAAAUAUGUUCAUUUUUAAAUUCAGGUUUUAAUGGACACUAUAAUUUCUUCCUAAAAUGCUGAAGACAGAGCAUGACAGGAAAGAAUCAAACUGUUGUCUUAGAAUUCCUCCUCCUGGGCCUGCCCAUCAAGUCAGAGCUGCGAGACCAGUUCUAUGCCCUGUUCCUGCUCAUGUAUGUUACCACCAUCCUGGGGAACCUGCUCAUCAUCGUUCUCAUUCGCCUGGACUCCCGCCUCCACACGCCCAUGUACUUGUUUCUCAGUAACUUGUCCUUCUCUGACCUCUGCUUCUCCUCUGUCACAAUGCCCAAUCUGCUGCAGAACAUGCAGAGCCGGGUCCCGUCCAUCCCCUAUGCCGGCUGCCUGACCCAGAUGUACUUCUUCCUAUUUUUUGGAGACCUGGAGAGCUUCCUCCUGGUGGCCAUGGCCUAUGACCGCUAUGUGGCCAUCUGUUUCCCCCUGCACUACACCACCAUCAUGAGCCCCAAGCUCUGUCUCUCCUUGGUGGUGCUGUCCUGGGUGCUGACUACUGCCCAUGCCAUGUUGCACACCCUGCUCAUGGCCAAGUUGUCCUUCUGUGCCGACAACAUAAUCCCCCACUUUUUCUGUGACAUGUCUGCUCUGCUGAAGCUGGCCUGCUCUGACACUCGAAUCAAUGAGUUGGUGAUAUUUAUCAUGGGAGGGCUCAUUCUCGUCAUCCCAUUCCUACUCAUUGUCAUGUCUUAUGCACGGAUUGUGUCCUCCAUCCUCAGGGUCCCUUCUGCCAGGGGCAUCCGCAAGGCCUUCUCCACCUGUGGCUCCCACCUCUCUGUGGUGUCUCUCUUCUACGGGACAAUCAUUGGCCUCUACUUGUGCCCUUCAGACAACAAUUCUACUGUUAAGGAGACUGUCAUGGCCGUGAUGUACAAUGUGGUCACCCCUAUGCUGAAUCCCUUCAUCUACAGCCUGAGGAAUCGGGACAUAAAAGGAACCUUAGGAAGAGUAUGUUCCAAAUGGACGAUUCAGCUUUCUCUGGGACAGGGACUCUAAAGACUAAUGUAUGUUUUCAAGCAGUAGGCAUAAUAUUGACAAUGAGUAGUAUUCCGUAAAGUCUAGUAAGCACCAAGCUAAUGCAGCCCAGGGGGUUUUCUCAUUGUCACUAGGGGUGGGUCCAUCUCACAUCCUGGGUUUACCACAGAAUCUGGGGGGUGAUGUAGCACAAGGACUGACAUGUAGUGGACACUUGGCAAUUAUUAUUCAAAUUUGAAUAUAUAUCACUCUAACGCUAGUGUUUACUGCACUCAGAGAAAGUACAGUAGUUCCUAAUUCUCUAAUAAAUAAAUCCAAAUUUCUCAGCCCCUUCAGUGCUUUGCUUCUGCCAAACAUGUUUAUUUCAUGAAGAAUGUCUUCCAGUUUAUUAUGUACUUCUUUUGUAAUUUUUUACUCUCCAAGGAUCAUCAUUUAUUCCAUUGCUUACCUAUUUAUUUAGUUUUUAAUUUUCAUUUCAGGUGUUGGUUGAUUCACCACUUUAAUGAUCAUACUCGAAAUUUUUUUUUCCUUUGAUUUACCAAUCACUUGUCAGUUAAUGACAGACUCCUUCUUUUGAUAAUAUCUAUAUUUUGGAUGAAAAUUUCUCUUUUGAAUUAAAAUCAUAUUAUAUGGAAUGAGCCAUAUGAUUCUCUUACGAAUUGUUUAAUUUAUAGACAGUAAAAUGGUGGCCCAUACAUAGCCUAAAGUAGCACAAAUAGUGACAGAGGGCUAGAAUCUAUUUAUGACCCCCAGGUAGAUUUUUAUCCUUUGAAAUAUUACAUUGAAAUUAUGUGAUGCUUUCUUUGUUUACUUCUUUUCAAGUAUAUUUUAAGUGUCUUGAAGACAGGUGCUCUCUUAUCUCUUCAAUGACUACUUCAGUGCCUUGUACUUGCUAGAUGGACAAUAAUAACUGAUUUGAUUUGAAUACAUUUUCAUAUGUUUCUUGAAAUUAAAGUGUGCCUUAAAAAAAACACCUUUUAAAAGAAGUCUUCCUAAUAAUGCCAACUUUGACUUCCUUUCUUCUUCAAAAAUUUUUAUUGACUACAAAAAGAAUACAUUCUCACUGGAAAAUUAUCCAAACAACAAAGAAAUAAAUAAUAAAGUGGAAUGGAAGGUUCCCCCAAAUUCUGCCCUCUCCCAUAAAAGCAGUUAGAAGUUGGGGAAUAUUCUAUGUACAUAGAUAAUUUCUGUGUAGACUAACAUUACAUAUAAUAGCAUUAAAUUAUACACACCAUUUUCUCAGGUUGUUAUAUAAAAUAUAUUUUGAAUUCAUCAUUUCAUAUAAAGACAUAUAAUGAUCUUAGAAUCUAUACAGUGCUUGUUGAAUGGAUGCAUUUACUAUAAUUUAUUUAAAUAAUCUUUUUGGUAACCACUUGGGUUGUUUUCAGUUUUUUAUGAUUUUGAACAAUACUUCAAUUUUAUUUCCUCAUCCAUGCGUUUCCUUGUGGACUUAUGCUGUGUUUCUAAGGACACAUUCUUAGAAAUGGGUGUACUAGAUCAAAGGAUAUGAACAGGUUAUAAUUGGGUAGAAGUUGUCAAAUUGCCUCCCAGGAAUUCUGCUAAGGUAAACUCCUUCCAAAAGUGAAUGAGAGUGACUGGUUCUUUACAUGUUCCCAACUCUGGAUUUUUUGUUCUCAAAAUAUCCAUCAAAAUAUGAUAUUUUACUAUUUUUAAAUUGAAUCUUUGUAUGUAUCAGUGAGCUCAGACAUCUCUUUAUACUGAUUAGCUACUUUUCCUUGUGCAUGUCCUUAGCCUUGAGUCGAUUUUCUUUUUUCUUACGAUCACAUUAUCUAUCUUGUAGGCAACACUUCCCUCAGUCUGUUAUUCAUCUUUUGAACUUGGUAGUGAUGUGUUUUUCCCUUACUAAGAUCAUAAACUUCAAAGUAGACAAAUAAGUUGAUUUUUACUUCAUGAUUUUUUUCUUCCACAUGCUUGGAAAUGGCUUUUCUAUCCCCAAAUUAUUAUUAUUAUCUCAUUCUUUUUUCUAGCUCUUGUACAGUGUUAGUUUCCACAUCUCUAUGCUUGAUCCACCCAAAAUUUUGUUUAAGGCCAACUGUCCUUUUUCUUUUUUCCCCUUCCUCAGCAAGUGAGUUGUCUCCACCUUCACAGGUAUAAAAAACUACCUUUACAAUGUCUUAAGUGCUCACAUAUACUUCCUGGGCUUAUUAUAUUAUUAUUAUUAUUAAUAAUAUUAUUCAUUUCUGGACUUAUUAUAUUGAUGCCAUACUAUGUAUAACAGUACAUUUUAAGUACCUUGUGUGACAAGCCCUCUUCUAUAUUCUUCUCUUCCAAUACUUUCCUGACACAUUUAUCCUUUCAGAUAUACUUUAGAUCUAUUUUAUUAAAUUACAAUUUAAAAAAUCUGUUGGGAAAUUAACUUGAGUUACACCGAAUUAUUACAUUGAUUUGUGAAUUAGAGUUGGCUAUUUGUACAGUUGUCUUACAAACUAUAAAUAAUGAAUACCUUUCUAUUUAUUCCAGGUUUUCAUUUCUUAGUUGAAUUUUGUAGGUGUCUUAACUUAGUAUAUUAUUACAGAUUACUUUCUACAUUUAGUCCUAGGUAUUUUACAUUGAAAAAAAAAAGUGGGAGGGGGUCACUAUUGUGUUUUUAGACAAGUAAUUUUUUUGUACAUAAAAGAGUUACUGAUUGUCUUGUAUAUCAUUUAAAAAAUAUUACACCUUACUAAAUUCUCUUAUUGUUUUCUAAUAAGGAUUUCAGUUACCUAUCUUGGGUACUGAAGAUACACAAAGUUAACAUCAGUAUUGGUAAGUAUGCAUAUUUCUUUCAAAUACUUA